GGUCUCUGCCAGGCUGUAGCCUGGCACCCCAACCGUUGUGCCACACUUUUCGUUGUUGGUCCGGAUGGUUUCUGUGCAGCAAGAAUAUGCCUCUGAGAGAGGUUAGCGGAUUCUGCGUUGGGGCUGAUUUUCUGAAAGGGUUGCCUGUCUACAAUAAAAGCAAUUUCAGCCGUUUCCACGCAGAUUCUGUAUGUAAAGCAUCGAACAGAAGGCCAUCAGUAUAUCUCCCUACGAGGGAAUAUCCGUCAGAACAAAUUAUAGUAACAGAAAAGACGAACAUACUUUUGCGUUACCUACAUCAGCAGUGGGACAAAAAGAACGCAGCGAAGAAAAGAGACCCCGAACAGGUGGAAAUAGAAGGCGAAAAUUCAGCUCCACCCCGGAAAAUCGCCCGGACAGACAGCCAGGAUAUGAAUGAGGACACUUAAAAACUAAAACAAAGUUUUUUCUUUUCUUUUUUUUUUUGCUUGUCUUCUGUGUUAAAAUUUACAGGGGCUUCCUGUGUGGUAUUUUUUUUGUGGUGGGGGGGGGAGUGUCUGUUGACCAUGUAUGCACACCAACACACACAUUUCCACAAUCAACUUACCUUUCUUCCUCUCCUGGUCCACCCUUCACUAUGCAGCCACUUCAGAUCUGUAGCAGCCAAUGUAUUUAUUUCUGUUUGUUUGUGUGUGUGUUGGCGAAAGCGGGGGCGAAAGAGGCAUGGCAGGGGGGUGUCGUGGGGCAGAAGAGAGAGAGAGGGGGGGGGUUUCUUCUUCCAUUUUUUCUCUCCAUUAUUAUUUAUGUGCUCUCUCGCUCGCUCUGUUGCAACAAGUCGGGAAUACAAAAUGAUGUUUAAACUGUGAUCCAUUCCCUUUCUGUUUGGGGGAAAAGGCAAAAAAAAAAAGACACACACACCCUCACACACUUUUGCGGCUAAUCUCUCCCCCCCCACAAAAAAAGAAAAAUAUCUUUGUACUAACCUGAACUGUAUCCAACUCAUGCUGAAACACCCCCCUGACUUUUUUGUGGAAUCAAACCUUCCAUCUGUACAAUUACUGGUGUGCGUAAAAGAGGGGGUGUGGUUUUCAAAUUCUUCCUUUGCACCUCCUAAUCUAAGUGUGAUCUGAGGCGAGGAGGCCGUAUCCUGACCUCCCUCUCCCCUUUCAUUUCGACGUUUUCGUUUUCUGGAAAACAUUUUUUUUUUUAAUUAAAAAAAAUAUCGUCGACGGUCCUUCUUCGAUGGAUUCUCUUCACCAGACGUGUCGUGUCCUCUUUAGCUGAUAACUGCUGUAUUGUUUUUAUU